GACGAGAGCAGAGCACCCAUCUCGGAGCAGGAAGGGACUCCUACGAGGUGGGGUCACUGACAUGUGGGCCCAUACCUGUGGGGCCCACAUGUCAGCAACUCAAAGUCCGCCGCCAUUUUCUUCUCGCCCCAUCCCUGCGCCCCUUCCGCCUCCCGCUUGCUAGGGUUUAUACCGCCGCCGCCGCCACCGCCGCAGCAACAGCAGCCGGCGGCGUGAGGAGGAGAAGAGGCGACCUAGGUCGAAUUCGAGGUCGAGGGAGAUGAGGCUCCUGACGCACAACAUGCUGGCGUCGAACGCGCGGGGCGCGGUGACGGGCUACCCGCUGAAGCUGCAGGUGGUGAAGUGGUCGACCAAGGAGGCGGAGCCCAACCCGGAGUUCCUCCGCGGCAUGCUCCCCAAGAUCGACUGGCCCGCGCUCGUCGCCGCCACCCAGGCCCUCGGCCUCCCGGAGCUCCUCCCCGAGGCGCCCCCCACCGACGCCGAGCUCUCCGCCGAGGGCGCCGCCGCCGACGAGGGCAGCGCGCUCCGCCGCCUCCACCGCGCGCUCCUCGAGAUCCACAUCGAGGAGGGCGCCCUCGUCUGCCCCGACACCGACCGCUGCUUCCCCAUCUCCAGGGGCGUCCCCAACAUGCUCCUCCACGAGGACGAGGUGAGGAACUGACUCGCGUGUGCCUCACCUUGGUUUCUCCUCGCAUAGUGUUCCAUGGCUUUACAACUCUUAAAUUGGAUGUAUCAAGUGUGGAACGCGGAGAUUAUAAUCCGAUAGAUACUUAAGAUGUUUGGCUUGUAAUCGUACUUUAAUGUCAGUAAUGGGUGCUCCAAUCUCAUGCUAUAUAUUCUUAUUGUUGGUUGAGUAAUUUGGUGCCAAACUUAGUUGUUGAA